AUUAAGUACUCUGAAAUCACUUAACAAAUCGAUCUAAUUUAUCAUUUAACAUAUAAACUUGAACAAUGUAUGACCAAUACCGAUAAUAAAUAUAAGUAUUAGAUAAUUAGAGCUAUUUAUUUUGGUUCCAUACACUAAUUUCAGAUACUAAUUCAAAUCUAAAAACAUAUAUUCAUUGUCAAUUUUUCAGAGUUUUCAGAUUUUAUAUUGUGAAUUUGGAACGAGUUUGGAUAAUAGUGGAUAUCUAUAUUACCGUUAAACAUGAUCUAUUUAUGUAUUUUAUAUAUUGGAUCAUAUUCGGAUUCAGGUUUUCAGAUAAGAUUUGGUUCAGAUUCAGUUACAAAGCCUCAUACCUAAUUUAUUUGAAUUACUUUUACAAAAAUAUGGUGAAAGAUAGAACUGAAAUUUUGGUUUUACAAAAUUUUAAAGCUCUGUGAAUCUACUCUCCAACAAGGCAAAGACAAUCCCGAUCAUAGUUACGAGUAAAACGUUACAUUGGAUUGAAGAAUUUAUAUACGGUUUAAAGUUUAGUCUAUUGUCUAUGAUCGUGUAUAGCAUUUUUUUUAUAACAGUUCAUGUAAUCCAUUGGUACUAUCUUAAGUUCUAAAGAUAUGUUUACGAUGCUUGACAGCUAAUGUUAUACUCUAUUAAAUACGGAUAUUUUAAAAUUUUAUUUGUUUUAAGUUUACAUUUCUUUUAAAUAUAUAGAGCUUUGUAUUAGAAAACACGAAUUGUCAUUUUGUUGUAUAAUUAUGUGUGUUUCUUGUUGUUGCAAACAUAAUUUUGUAACCUGAGCCGCAAUGAGUUAUCAGAUUCAGACAGCUCCACAUACUUAUUUGAAGUCGGAUAUGACAACUAAUAUUAGUUAAAACAAAAUCCUCUAAAUCUUAAAAGACAAUCUUAGAUAGAUCUUAUUCGACUAGUUUUUAAUGAUCUUGGUUAUGAUUCGUUUGAAUUUUAAAGCCCCCUUUUUGAUCCAAUUUAUUUCAAUAGUAUUAAAACUUCGAUGAAAUCUUCAUCAUAAUAAACAUAAUGAGAUGAUAGAUUCUUAUACAUCUCCCACACGACUUUAUGUCCCACAUCUACUAGCCGUGGAUCCAAACUCUAAUCACAAGAUAUUGAUGAUUCUUGAGUUCUAUAAGUGCAUCCAGCACGUUACAAUUUGUACUAAAAUGAUAAUUGUAUUUUAAGAAGAAUGAUAAUUGUAUUUUAAGAAAAAAUGAUACUAAUUAUCUGUGAUACUACUUUAUGAUAAUAUAUGCGUAAUGGUCGUAAGAAGAACAUCGUUUGUGAAUGUGACGUGUGGACGAUUUUAUUUGAUACCAUAAACGUAAAUUUGCUGUAUCUUUGGGUUCGACCGGUCGAGGCUACUAUGUGUUAACACUUUCCAUGGAGUAUUUGGCCACUUAGACUUUGGUUCGACCAUUGUAUCCGUGAUGAGUUUGCGGAAAUGUUUUAUGGUAUACUUUAAAUUAGUCGGGCAGUUCAACAAAACUCAUACUCCUCCUAUAUGGUAAACUAAUUGCCAUACAACGUAUAUUUCCCCACUAAAUAUAAAAAAAAAAGGUAUUUCCAUCGAUCUCUAUCACUAUUUAUUAUUUUCUCUUUGUCCACCAGUGUUCUUUGCAGUUUUGUGAAAGGGUCAUCAUUUGUGAUAGUACUUGAUCAGAAACCAAGACAAUAAUAUUGGCACGUAAACUGUUGACUGCAGGGGUUGCUAUCAAAACUUUUAUACCAUUGAUAUAGGUUUGGUCAACAACGCUAUAUAUACAAUUAUUUCUUCAAUUACAAUCCUAGAAGUGAAAUAAGUAUCUAGCUAACAAAUUUAUAGAUCUAAAAAAAAUAAAAAAUAAAAAAACUUAUAGAUCUCCUCUUAUGUACAAUUAGAUUGUGUAUUUGUCCGUCCUGUAAACCUAGAAUGAGUGGUCCCAUAUUCCCAUAUGUAUUGGAUAUAUGUUUCAAUGGGGUUUAUGCAUACUAUAUGCCAAUUAACUUAUAUACUUUGUCAUUCUAGCAUAUUCUCUUUUUUUUUUCUUAUAAUCCCGGCUUAUAGCUAAUGGUUGACACUUGUGCUGCCGGGGUUUAAUAACUCCAAUUCGUGUAUGAGAUGUGAUGACAUAAAAUGUUAGUAGGGACUUGGUGGUUCUAGAAACAUAUGUUGGUAAUUAGCUACUAACAAACGUGUUUUCUACUAACAAGUAACAAACGUUUUAAUUAUAAAGUAUUUUUGUAUGAGUUACCAACAAAUGUUCUAUGUAUAGACCAAUUGAUCCAAGGCGUACGACAAUACAUCAUGAUGUUUUUACCUAGCUACUAAUAACAUUGAUAAUAUAGUUAAUUCAGUGUUAACAUAUUUUUGUUUCCCAAAUUUUAUGUAAAUUUUUAUUUGAAACUACUAAAUUUUUUUCACUAUAUUUAUGAUUUAUUAUAGAAUUUAGACAAGAAAUCACAAACUAACUUAACACUUAACUCAAUCGUCUUUAGUUAGUGCACUAAUCUGUAAAAUUUUGAAUUUCAGUUUGUCAUAAUAAUGAUCAUUCAUACUUUACCGCCAAGCACAACUAGGAGUAGCUUGAAAUUGGUUGCUUUCGAAGCAUCGUAGCAACUAGCAACAGGGGCUAAAUCUAUUAAGUUGUCUCUAUCAGACAUAAUAGCACAGCCGUCUGAUUGAUUUAAAUUCAUGUGGGAGAAUGAGAACCUAUCUUCUUCUUUUUCAAGAGCCUGUCUUGUAAUUUGUGAUGAAUUCAGUCAAAAAAAAUUUUAUGAUGAAAGAAGAGAGUAUAUUCAUAAAGCUUGACAAUAAAAUAAACAAGAAAUCGUUCUCCUGAUCUAGACGUUCAAUUUAAAGCAGUGGCGAAUGUUUAUAUAAGCUUAAAAAUAUAGCUAAAAAUGAUAUUUACUAAGAAAAAAUAACUAAAAUUUAAGCAUAUUAAACAAAAGUUAUGAAAAUUUCAUGGUGGCACUUGCCGUCUCCUUGAGUAGUUUAGGUUCGCCACUGAUUUAAAACCAGGAUCUAUAACACAAUAUAUCAAGAAAAUGGAACAAUAAAUUUUCUUGAUUAUAAGUAUUGAUGACACCGAGUAGUUUGCUUCGUAAUACUUGCUUAAUCCGAUUUGCGUCUCGUGAUUGGAAGGAAGCUUCUCUUUAUCUCCAAUAUGUCUAAAUUCAUGCAAAUGACAGCUUUGCAUCAAAUGGAAAUAUAAUUAUAACUUUCUACCAGAUUAUUCGAUCUUUAUUAUAUGCAAUAAGGUCUACGAUCAAAGUACGGACUUCUUCGAACCCUAUUAUAAUCCCUGUUUGGUGGCAUUCUAUUUUGUAUAUACACAUACGUUCUUUGUUCAUAUCUGAAUGUUUAAUAAAGUCAGAAACUCUUUUUUAAUAAAGUCAAACCUUAAUAGUCAAAUAACUUUGUCAAAAGAAUAAAAUAUUUAAAUCAAAUAGUUAUGGUAUGCGUAGCGUAUGGUUGCAAGUUUGCAACAUCCGACUUAUGGUCGAAUUGUUUUGUAUACAAGGGCUGUGUAUCUUCAUUAAAAUAUCAACAAUACAACGAUAAUUAUCCAGACCACUCGGCAAGUCUUGUAUUCGAUUCUUGCUCACGACUAUAUUGUAGAGAGUAAUGAUUGUGUAGACAUUGGGAGUCCCAAUGUGGUAUACUACAUAUCUGCAGUUUCUUCUCACAUUUUUGAUGAUUUGGACGGCAUCUGCUUUUAUGUGCAAAAGAAAUAUAUGAAAUCUAGAUAGUUUAAAACAGUACUAAUGAUAAGUAACUUUUCCUCCUAGUUAUUAUGCCGAAUAUAUAUUUAUUUGUAGAAUGAUCGGAAUUGAUUCGUGAUAUACAAAAACACGAUUAAAAAAGAAAUUUGUUUGACUUCUUUUAAUAGGGACUAAAAUACAAUAUUAUUAAACAAAUAAAAAUUAACAUAUAUCCAUAUAUUUUGAAUCUAAAUAAUUAAAAUCAUUAUAUGAAUAUAAAGUGCAUGAAAUAAAUAUUUAGUUUGAAAAUAGAAUGCACAUACAUAUAUUAUAUAAAAUUUCAUCAUCUAGUAGUAUAUUAUGAUGUAGUAUAUUAUAUUAUUAUUUUUGCUUGAACUAAAACAAAUAAAGUUCAAAUCGUGAAAUAAAACUAAAAUACCAUGUUAAAACUUUUUAAGAAGUUGAACAAGAAAAACUAGAACAAAAAAAAACACAAGACGCAAAACCAUAUUCAGUAAAUAAUCAUGUUUGAUAGACGCCUUGGCGAAACAGCUCUCGCACUGUUUAUAACAAGCUCCACUCAUGGAGCAUAAACCCUUUAAGCUUAAUGCAAUGCAAUGUUGUUUUAACAACAAAAAAAGACAUCUAAAUUACUAGUUAGACGGUUUACAUGUCUAUAAAUCUUAAAAACAAUGGUACUUAAUAUAUACAAAAAUAUAUUUUAUAUUAAAUAUUAUUAAUCACAAAUGAUAAAAUUUAAUAUUUUAUUUUCAUAAAAUUUCGACAUUAUGAUAUAUCAAUUAUUAUAAUUAAUGAAUUUAAAUGAUAUAUUAUUAUUGUUACAAUAUUGUAAUUGUCUAGAAGGUUUAGAAAACAGUUGUCAUGACUUUACUAGGUUUAGUACUUUGGCGUUCAGACGUCUAGAACCCUUUUAGAGCACUGUUAAGUAUAAAAUUAAUUGGUUAAUGUGAAACCUUAAACUUAAAAUCUCUACUAUGUGAUAUACAUGCAUAUUCAGAUUACUUUAUCCUGCUCAAGUUUUUUACUCAAAUCACACCUCAAUUCUCUUGCCCUUUGAAUGUUUUACUUUCAAAGAUCAUGAUGCAUUGCAUUUUAUUAUCUUUUUUCUCAUUUAUGACAAUUUACAACAAAUAUCAAUCUGUCAUGUUAAUCAUAUAUAUAUAUAUGUAUAUAUAUAUGUAUAUAUAUAUACAUACUAGCUUACACGACUUAUCAAAGAUUUCUUAUGUUUUUAUGUUUUAUGCAGUAACGUGCCUUUUUGGUUUGUUUGGAAUGAUUAGUUGGUGUUGUUAGUUUCGUGGACUGUUGAUGUAUAAUGUUUGACUGAUAGGGGCUAUCUCCACUCCUACAACUGCAAAAGAUCACUUGUCACCUCCCUCACAGUCGCUGAUGCGACUUUGUAGCUACAUUUUUCUUAUUAGAUCUUGAAAUAAACGUGCAUUUUAUAUGAUUGAGAGGUAAAGAGUGUUGUGAGUUGUGUGGAGUUAUGUGCAAGAUACCCAAUCUAUAAUAAUGCAAGACUAGUUAUGUGCAAGAUUCUUCCUACAGAAACGAUUGUGCUUUUAUCUAUAUUCUCUCUUUCAUUAAUUUUUUUUUUUUUUGGUUAAACGUUAUGGUGAACGAUCACUAAUGCAAGUACCCCAAAUGUUUUUCUAACUUCUCAAUAGCUUGUUUGAUACAGUAUAUUUCCAUUUAUUUUAUGAUAUGAAAUUGUUAAUAAUUAGGUUUAAUUUACAUGCUUACUUUUUACAAAGAGACUGGUGAAUUUGAAAACACCUAGCGAGUAUGCCAAUGUUUAACCAAACAUCCACACAUAUAUAUUGGAAUUAUGUCACGAAGGCAGGUGAAGUAGUACAUUUGUAUGUCGUGAUUCGUGAACGAGAAAAUGGCAUGCGUGAUCAUAUGUGUUCCUAUUGACGAGAGGGGGAAUGCUGUUGCUUGAAGCAACUAAUAAAUGUUUAGAAAUAAGUUAAUCUUCUAAGUACUAUACUAUAAUUCACAAGUAAAUAGAGACCACUUAAUAGUUGAUAUGAACAAUUAAAUAUAUUGCGAGGGACAACGAACAGACAAAACAAAAGAACACAGAACAGUAUUACUGUAAGAGAUGCGGGAGAUCCAAGAAAUGUAAGAAAGAAUUAUAGUUUCAUACAUUAUCAGAUUAAUUUGAUUUCUUUCCCGAAGCACAACAGUUUGCAUCCGUUAAAUAUGACAAGGCCUAAAUGUGUAGCACACUUGCAUCCAAAUGUGUAGCUACAGGAUGCGAAAGUGCGCGUGCGGUGCCUUUGCGCAUGAUCUUAUAAUCCCGAUGCCUCAGCUUUUCACUUACCAUUUUAUAAUAGUAUCAUGUUCUAGUUGUAUGCUUUAGGACUUUUGAUCUUUACUUUGGGCUUCUAUUCUACGUAAUGUUUGGGCUUAGUUCUUACGCUUAUUAUUUUAAACAUGAGCCCACUUUCUCUUUCUUUUUUUUUAACAGCCGCCCAUUUUCUUUCUAAACAAUUAAAAGGGAGAAGAAUAGAACUCAUAUGUAAUUUUCAACCUACAAAUAAUUGUGUACAGCAGUUGAAAUUAUUACAUUGUAAAUUUUUGAAAUAGAGUAAUGUUGGAAUAUAACAAAGACGGCAAAGAAUUACCUUUUAAAAUCAUAUUUUUAAUACUUACAUCCGUGAGGUAUUUAUAAAGUUUCAACGAAAAAAAAUAUUUGAAAAAGCAUAAUUAUUCAAAACUAAUUUUGUGACAUGUAUGUUGUAUAAAAUGCAUCAUAAAGAUAAAUAAAAUGACAGUUUUUUAUUUGCUAAAGAUGGAAAUAUCAUUAAUAGUUAAUGAAAGUAUUUAAAAAGACUUGUAUCCAAUCUGCAUAAAUACAAAUUUGAAGCAAAAACUGCAAAAAGAGAGAGCAAAAGUGCUCUUAGAUUCCUAGAUUAGGUUUAAGCUAUUUCAACAGAUGAAACAACCUAAAGCUAAAGAAAAAAACAGAACAGUGACAACAAUUAACGGUUGCUACGAAGGAACAAAUGACAAAUCUUUGACGAGAUGAACAGUUGAUGAAUUAUAACCAUUAAAUCAAUGUGCCUAUUUCAUUUUCUGUUCUUAAAUUCAUAUUUUGCGUGGGUGUGUAAAACAGUAAAAGCGUUUUUUAGCACUAUAUAAUUCCGUGAGAUAUUAAACCUGAAAUAUUGAUAUAUUCCACAAAAAAAAAAAGACAAAAUGAUUUAUCAUAAAUUGGAAAUACGUUUGGGGUUGACCUUUUUAGGAAGAUAGACGCCUUCUGAGCCUCUCAUUGUCUGAAUUAACUAUAGAAGCAUAGCCGUGCUUACCCUUUUACAAAAAAGACAACAGCCGCAGGCCCCCAUAUUUUAAUCAAUAUAUAGGCCCCCAUAUUUUCAAUUUCAAAACACAUUAGUAGUUCAUGAGUGUAUACAUAUAUUUAUAGAGAGUUCGAUUGUUUUUAUUUUUUUUGAGAAAGGAGAGAGCUCGAUUGUUCGUAUAUUAUGUUCUUUACAUUUAAGUUUGGUUCUUCUUAGUAGAUUCAUUUUUAAUAGACAUCUUUAGUAUAUUUACAAUUUCAUUAACUUGUAUAAACUUUUUUUUUGUGAAAAACCAUGUUUUUGAAAAUUAACCUUAGGCCCCCAUUCCCAAAGUUGUAGGCACGACACUGUAUAGAAGUUGUGCUAUGUUUCAGCUUUGUAUUUCGAAACAACUAUUUUGGUUUUCUAUUCGAUUUUUUUUGUACUAAAAGGCUUUUGACUUUUUGAUAAACAAUUAGAGUUUACAAGUUUUCGAAUGUUGUGGCGCAUGUACACAUUAUAUAUAUAUAUAUAUCAUUUACUACAUAUAUAAUUAAUGUGUGGACUAUUUUGUAUAUGUAUUUGUAUGUAAAAUUCUAUGUUGCUUUGUUUAUUCUUCGCAAAUAAUAUAGUUUAUGCAUAUAAUAUACAUAACAAUACAAUGUCGUUGAUAAUCAUUAUAAACACACAACAAUUUGGGGACAACAAAUAGAUUAGUGGUUACAGCAGACUGUAAGUGGGUUUAAUUAAAAGAAGCCGAUAGUUUUGAACAUUUGUAAAAUUUCUUAUUGCGUAAAUGGACCACCUGCAGCCAACUUUGCAUGGUCACAGCAGUAAUAUUCAAAGUUCAAAGAUGAACAAAAAUAAAGAACUCUCUAUCGAAUUAAUUAUAUUACAAAUUCGUUUUGGAUACGAUCUACCAAAUGAUCAUUACAACCAUAACAUUUUAAAACAAACGUUUAAAAGGUAGAGACAGAUUACAGAAGGAGAUUGCAACUAAAAUUUUAAAGAAGAAGAGAUUUAGUAUUAAUUUUUUGAGAAAUACUUAUGAUUUCUUAGAAAAUUAAACUGUUAAUAAGCAUGAUAUAUACCUGAGCCAUGUCAUGUUGCUAUUCAACGAGAACGACCGUUCUACUUCAAAACUAUAAUUAGGCCCGAAUAUACGAAAAUUUUAGAAUACUUUUGAUCUGUUCACGAACAAAUAUUUAUAUUUGUGAUUCGUUUCAAUCCGGAAAAUUUAAUAAACAACUAGAUUUUAACCCGCGCUUGAAAGCGCGGGUUUGAUUUUGUUUUAAUUUUCAUAAUUAUGAGAUUCAGGGUUUGAAUCAUAUAAUUUUGAAGAUUAUAUCACUAAUAUAUAGGUCAUUUGCAUAAGCACAAUUAAUGUGUAUAAAAUUAGAUCACGCGUUUGCGUUUUGAAGUUUGUUUGAAGAUUCAUUUGUGUGUAAAAAUAGUAUAGCAAUUUGAAACUGGAAUAAAUAUACUGUUAUUAGUAAUGAUUUAUGUUACAUUUAAUUGUAUGUCUAUUAACAAUCAAACUACCAAUUAUAAAACUAAGUAUUAUAAUAUUUUUAAUUUUUUUAUAUAAAGUAUCUAUAAUGUAAAUCUAAACUACAAUUUACUAUUUUAUAAGAGUAUCACAAACAUAUGUUCUAUUAUUAAAAGUUAGAUUUUAAAAAGAAUAUUUUAUUCACAUAUAUUUUUGUAAGUUAUGUUCUUAAGUAUUUGGGCUUUAUUCUAUUUUAAAUUUAAUAUGGGUCUCAAUUUAAUUAUGUUUAAAUUUUUGGUCUUAUUAAUUUGGGGUUUAUCUGUGUUAGAAAUUAAUUGUGUAGUCGAUGGUACUAUGCUUCUGGUGGGUGAAAUGAAUAUUUCGAUGUUUUUAUAAAUGGGGGAAUAAUAUUUCGAUAAAGUUGUGUUAUAAUAGGUUGUGCUUUGGUUUUGGUUCAUGUAAUUUAUUUUGUUUGGGUAGGGUGGUUUAGCAAUCGAUGAUUUAAAUAGUUAAGAAUAAAUAAUAAUGUAUCCAGUUUGAUAGUUAGAUUAAAAAUCGCUUAUAUAUAGGUAAAAUAUCUUGUCACAUAUUGUUAUAAUAUAUAGGAGAAGUCUAAAAAAAUAGAAAAGAAAAGAGUCCAAACAACUUUUUUAAGUAGAUUUAUUAAAACUUCUUCCCUUUUAAUAGUAUUGAUCUUUUAUAUUAUUAAUCAUAAAAUAAAAUAAUAAUACCAUACUAACAAAUUAACAUCUUUAACUGAAACUGUAAAGCAAAAAAAAAAAAAAUAGUGACAAGCCUAAUAAAAACUCAUAUGUUGACAUUUGAUUCAACAUAAAAAUUAACUGGAUACACAAUAAUCUAAAUUUUUUUUUAAUAGUUUAAAAUAAAAAAAUUACUUCGUAAAAUAUGUAUAAACAUAAUGGUUUAUGUUACAUAUCUAUAAAUAUACUGAUCGUAUCGGAUAUCUAGCUUUUUAAAAAAAAAAUAUUUUUGAUAUUUUUCUUUUUACAGAUAUUACAUUUUAUUAUUUACUUAAUUACUUUGAUUCAAUUUUUUUAUGGAUAUCCGGAUUUUUUAAAUCGACUCAAAAUGAAUAAACAGAUCUAAUCAAAUUUAACAGAAUAUACCCAACCUUAACCGCAAUUUAAAGUCAACGGUCAGAAUCGUUGGCUCUAAUAUAAUAUGAUUUUAAUUUAAUUAUACUUACACGCAUAUAUAGUUAUAACUUAUAUAUAAUCAGCUUAAUGAAUGUCUUGUCCGGAUACACAAAUUAAUCCCUUUAUCUUCAAAGUCUUCCCUGAUCUUUACUCCAUCUCUGUUUAACCCAUUCUCUUGAUACUAUUCAAGUACUCAUCAUGAUUCCUACAAGAUGCCAUGAGCUCAGCGGCUCUCGUCCUCCGUCGCUUAAACUCACAGGAGAAUCCCAUUCCAUCAAGAAAACGACUUCGUUCAACGUCUUCAAACAGUCACGGCGACAUGGACGUGCAGCUCCCGUAGUCAUCUACGCGCACUCUCCAAAGGUGAUCCACACGCGUGCUGAAAACUUUAUGGCCUUGGUUCAGCGGCUCACGGGUCUCGAAGGGAUUAGAAGGCGUAACCCUAACGACGUCAACGAAUCAUCGUUGUCUGUGUUAACCACGGAAGAGGCCAGUGUCGGUACUGAUGACACAAGUUGGGAGAGACAUCAACAAAGGAAAAACCUAGUUGAUAUUCCAUUGUAUACGCCGAGCUCGAUGGCCUUGUUUGGUUCUCCAACUCAACGUCUUUAAUUAUCUAUCACCUAACCGGAACGAUCCGGUUUAAACCCUCUGUUUAAGUUCAUAAAAGACUUCCAAUAGAAUACUAUAAUAUGGUUCCUUUAUUAUAGAUAGAUUAUGCUUUUAUUUGUUUGUACGUGUGUUCAUCCGUUCUUAAGCUGGUUAGCUUAGUGGAGGAGUAUUUGGUGUAAAU